UCCCUAUACGUCAUCUCGGCGUCCGGCCAGGGACAGGAGUGUGUCUUACUCGUCAGCAGAUGACCGUAGGUCAUCUCGUGCCUUCAGCAGAUUGCAUGAGCCAUCCGUACCCGACCAGGGGGGAAUUACUUGCGAGACAGUACGUGCAGAAUUGCCGUCCUACGAUUCGAUCAUGAAAGUUGCAUUGGCGCACAGAGGCUGGUGGGUUCGAAUACACAAGGCUGUUCGUGGCAUGCUUGACGACACGAUUGAGUCUUUCCCAGACUUCGUCAGGCGAGCCUACGAGCAAUCGGCCUUCAGAACUGGGUAAGAUGGCGAUUGCGUUCGCCUUCGCUUCUGAUAUUAAUGGGUCACAUAUCUACACCUUGGUCGACCGCCUCGUUGUCUCUGACAUGGCGUGUGUGUCUACUGUGGAAGGCUUGGAGUGCCUGAUCUUGCUGGCUAUUCUCUAUGCGGACGAGGGCCAGCCCAGAAGAUCAUGGAUGAUCUUUCGCAGAGGAGUAGUGGUCGCGCAUUUACCGGACCUGUACCAGGCUGGCCUCCGAUCCACUGCCAUGAGACGGCUCUGGUUGUCUAUCUACCAAGCGGACCGCAUGAUGAGCAUGUUCCUAGGGCUACCGUACGGCUUCGUCGUCAUGCACUAUCAGCAAAUCUUAGAGGUGAAGCCCGAAAAUGACGACUUGGAUUCGACCAUGGCUAUCCGGUGUGCAAUUAUAGCUGGAAAGGUCAUUGAUCGAAACCACUCGCGAACAAAAGCUUCUAUCUCUAAGACAUUGGAACUGGACGAGGAGAUGAAUGAGCUCGCAACUUCUUUCCCAGAAACCUGGUGGGAGCUUCAUAACCGGGUCCGAGCGGAUGGCCACGGUUCCGACAAAACCCAUGUCCGGUUGCAUCAGCAUCUCUUCUUCUUCCACCUGCGACUCUACAUUUACCUGCCGUUCCUCGCGGUUCGGAAGAAAUCUCUCCACACGGUGACAUUAUACGCGUCGCCAGCAUGGAGGCUGCACGACAGCUGCUGAGACGAUACCUGAGUCUAUGGAGUGACGAGGAGGGACUAAGCCCGUCUGAGUGCAAGCUCGUGGACUUUAUGGCGUUUACCGGCGCCAUUGUCUUACUUCUAGGUUGCUCAAGCCUCUCCGGCCGAGGCAUGUCGAGUGAUGGGAAUGACAUCGAGGCUGUGCUGUCUUUGAUUCGGUGCUUGCAGCGCCAGGAGAAUCAAGAAAACUGUCCCAUCGCGUCGCAAUGUCGCAAGACGCUUACCGUACUGCUUUCGAGAUCGAGCACGGACGAAGAAGUCCGCAUUCCGUUCUUUGGCACAGUCGUUAAAAAAGGCGACCAAACCGGAGAGAA